GCCCCUCGGAGCCGGUAACCAGGAAGCGGGAGCAGGAAGCUGCGGCAGGCGCGGAGCUCCGGGCACAGCGAGGAUGGCUGGUGGUGGCCCGGCGUGUAAAGGCCAUUGCCACGGGCCUCAUCGACCUCAUAUGCACAACUGCCUCAGUGCCCAUGGGGAUAAAGAUCUCCCAGUGCUACCAGGAAUGGAUCCCGUCGUUGAAGACCCCAGCAUUUGUGAUAUUGUCAAGGCUACACAAUAUGGAAUGAUAGAGCGAUGCAAAGAAUUGGUAGAAGCGGGAUAUGAUGUUCGACAACCAGACAAAGAAAAUGUGACUCUUCUUCACUGGGCAGCAAUAAACAACAGACAGGAGCUGGUUAAGUAUUAUAUUUCCAAAGGUGCAAUAGUGGAUCAGCUAGGUGGAGAUUUGAAUUCAACUCCCCUUCAUUGGGCCGUUAGACAAGGACAUCUACCUAUGGUCAUGCUACUGUUGAAAUGUGGAGCAGAUCCCAGUCUUAUUGAUGGGGAAGGAUUCAGUAGCAUUCAUUUAGCAGUGCUGUUCCAACAUGUGCCCAUUGUAGCUUACCUCAUAUCCAAAGGCCAGAACGUAGACACCACAGACUUCAAUGGACAAACACCGUUAAUGUUAGCAGCACAAAAAGCCAUUGGACCAGAACCCACGAGGCUUCUCUUAAAGUUUAACCCCUCUCUCAAUGCCGUAGACAAUGUUCAAAAGAAUACUGCACUGCAUUGGGCAAUAGCAUCGGGAAAUACUAGUGCAGUGGAUCUGUUGCUGGAAGCUGGUGCUAGCCUGGACAUAAAAAAUGUCAAGGGAGAGACACCAUGUGACCUUGCUUAUCAAAGUCUGAAUCGAUUCAUGGUUUAUAUGGUAAAAGAGGAAGAAAGAAUGAGGAGCAGAAGAAAUGAUAUGUUACUGAAAAUAGUAGAGAAAUAUGAGCUCGUCCUGCUGUUUGCAUCUUCCUUGACAUUUAUGUGGGCCGUAGGAUACGUCAUGAACUUAAGUUUUGAUUCUUGGCUUUUGAAAGGAGGUCUGCUCCUCUUCCUGCUGUUGGGGAUGGCUCUGUUUGUGAGGCAACUUGUGGGGCUCAAGAAUCUAAGGCACCUUCCCACAGCAUUUCUGCUAAGUUCCAUAUUUUGGAUGUCUGUGACCUGGUUUUUCUGGUUCCUGCCUGAUGGAACAGAUAGAAUUCUUGAAAUCACUGUCAUGCUCAGCGUGGUGGGUCUUCUUUAUUAUUUUUAUAAAACUUGGAGAACCAAUCCUGGAUAUAUUAAGACCUCAGAAAAAGAAAGGAAGGAGAACAUUGGAGCUCUUGCAGAAGCAAAUUGCUUGGACUUCAGAACGUUUUGCACAUCAUGUCUUGUAAGGAAGCCUUUGAGAUCUGUGCAUUGCCUUGCUUGUGAUUCAUGUGUAGCCAGAUAUGAUCAUCAUUCUCUGUGGACUGGACAGUGCAUUGGCAUUGGGAACCAUUGUUACUACCUGCUGUUCCUGUCUUUCCUAACUAUGACCAGUGUCUGGGUGCUUUAUGGAACUCUUCUGUAUUGGACAAAUCAUUGUGCAACGAGUUACCAUCAAGAUGGAGCAUGGGCGUACUUCACACAGAUAAUCUAUUGUUCCCCGUGGGUUUUCUACAUGUUUGCACUAGCCUGUUUUCAUACUGGGUGGGCUUCGUUGUGGCUGAUUGUUCAGCUUUAUCAGAUUGCAUUCUUGGGAUUGACCUCACAUGAAAGAAUGAACCUCCUAAUACAGAGAAAAUCUUCUAAGCAUGCUCUUUCACUCAGGAGGACUCCAUACAAUCUUGGAUGCUUCCAGAACCUUGCAGACUUUUUUCAGUGCCGUUGCUUUGGUAUGUUCAAACCCAAUGUAAUUGACUGGACCAAGCAAUACAACCUUCUUUAUCUGGCAAAGGAGAAAACUGUUCAUUCUGUAUGAAGUUUUGCAUAAUUUCUAAAACCAUUGAGCUGAAAGCUAAAUAAAACUGGAUAUUUUGUUAGUUUUUACAAAU